AUGUCUCCUUCUAUCUCAAACUUUUCUCCACAAGAACUAAUAGAAGAAAAUGAAAAUGUGAGUAACUGGAGUUUCAUGCAAAUCCUCAACAACUCUCAUUCAUACCAAAAAAAUCGAGCCGAUACAGAGGAGGAAAUCUACGUUCACCCUUCGACGAAGCAAUCUUCUUCUUCUUCUUCUUCUUCUUCUUCCAUUAUGAACACAAGAAGCUUGGAGAUGUGCACAGAGAUAUUAGGAAGCGAGACGGGUAACAAUUAUAUCAGUGAAAGCAAUAUGGAUGAAUUCUUUUCUGACAUUUCUCGUGGCGUUCAACGAUCAAAAUGUCGAGAAUUCAAGAAAAGAAUCAAAAGGAUAGUAACUUUUCCACCUCCUCUUACUUCAAUCAAUGGAAUGGACAAAGUUCAAGUAAGAUCUUCUCGCGAAGGGGGUCACUUAGUUUUAAGGGCUGUAAGUAUAAGUACUUGCAGCCCUUAUUUUCAUGCCGAGCGUGGCACGCUCAGGCUUUCUUGGUUAAUAGAUAGUAAUAAUAAUGAGAUGGAAGUUGAACAAGAUGCUGAAGUUCAAAAUGGUGAAGAAGCCGAAGCCGAAGCCGAAGCCGAAGCCAAAGUCAUUGAACAUGAAAAUGGUGAUGAUUAUUGGCCAAAGAAUGGUAGAAGAAGAUUAGCCAAGAGGUGUAAGGAAAGUGGGAGUAGAAACAAAGGGAUACAAAACUGGGGGCAAUUUUUGGGUGGUCAGUUCCUAAAGGAUUUACGUUUAUGUGCGCUGACACUGUAA